AUGGCGUCGACAUCAAGUGGUGGGAGUGCGAGGACGAGAGUGGGAAGGUACGAGCUGGGGAGGACUUUAGGGGAAGGGACGUUUGCGAAAGUGAAGUUUGCGAGGAAUAUAGAGACUGGUGAGAAUGUUGCCAUCAAGAUUCUUGACAAAGACAAGGUUCUCAAGCACAAAAUGAUCGGUCAGAUAUGUAAUGAAGACGACAGGAAAAUGAAAUUUGAAGCUAUACAGGCAAUUUGUAAAGAGGACAACUGA